AUGGAAGGUGGCCCUUUUGACGACCAACUAUUUUCUGAUUUUGGUGGCCGUACUGGUUCUGGAGUGCAUAGUAUUCAAGUGAUGUUAGGAUUACAUGGAACAUCUCAUACUGCAGAUCUUAUACCACCAGGUGGUCAUUUACACAAACUUGACUCAUCUGACGGCUCACCUUCUCAUCAUCAGAAUCCUCAUCAUCUUCAAUCAAUACAGCAACAACAAUCACAACAACAAUCGCAGCAACAACCGCAACAACAACAGCAACAACAACAACAACAAAAAGAGCUCAAGGAUCUUGAACUCACUGGAAUUUAUUCACCUUCAACACAAACUCAAGAUGUUACCACAUCAACUACCGCUUCACCAACGUCUAGUUCUAUAGCUCUGCAACAAAAUCUUCAUUUAAACAAUACUCUUAAGCGGAAGUCCGAUGAUUCAAUUAAUUCAAUAGCACAUGUUACAAGCGAUUCUCAACCUCCUAAGAAAGAUUCAAAAAAGAAAGCUGACAACAAUGGAAUUAAAAAAAAGAAAACAAGAACAACUUUUACUGCGUAUCAAUUAGAAGAAUUAGAGCGGGCAUUUGAACGUGCUCCUUAUCCGGAUGUAUUUGCAAGAGAAGAGCUGGCACUUAAGCUAGCUCUUUCGGAAUCACGAGUUCAAGUAUGGUUCCAAAACCGUCGAGCCAAAUGGCGUAAGAGAGAGCCACCUCGCAAAACUGCAGGGUAUAUGACCGCCGGUUCAGCAAGUCCUGGGUUAACAGGAUCAUUUUCUUCAUUAAAUAAUAGCCUCAACCCUUUCACUUCAAGCACAAAUGUUGCAACAGCAACACCACCAGAUGCCUGGGCUUAUUCUCCAGCUUAUGACCUCGCGCCUCAUCUUAAUCUUCUCAGUCCUUCAAAUUCACCAUAUUCAAGUUCCUUCGCAGGCCCAAGUAAUAAUGGAUCUGCAUAUUCUUACGCGACAAUGCUACCACAACACGACACAUCACUUUUUUCUGCACCUUCAAAUAACACAAUGCGUGUUCAUCAAGAUUAUAUGACUGCAACUAAUAAUAGCCCACCACCAGCUCUAAUGCGAGCUGAUUACCAAAGUAUGGUAUCAGCACACUCGCCUCAACACUCAAAUCAUCUUGGUUCAAGCGGAAAUGUUAAUUCUAUGUCAGAAGAUGAACAUCAACAAAACAAACAACUUGAAUACGUAGCUGGUCUCAGUCCAACUGACAAAUAUCAUCAUGAUCAAUCAGAUUAUACGUCUCAUCAUCAUCAACAAUCUCAAGAAUCUUCUCAUCAAAAACAAGGAUACGGUAUAUCAUCAUCACCACCUUCUACUCGUCAAGCUAUUAAAGAUGAAGUCCUUGUUAAAAGUGAACCUACCGGACAACAAAGUUAUGUGCUUCCGUCUUUUUUGAAUUAA